AUGGGGACUGGUAAGAAGGAACGGAGUCGGCUGGCCCGGCAGGGCAAGUCGGGUUCCGGAAUGGAUAAUAUUAAAAUCAAGGGUGAGAACUUUUAUCGUUCCGCGAAGAAGAUCAAGACCCUGAACAUGCGAAAGGAUGAGGGCAAACCUGUACGAAAUGCCGACGGCAAGAUCAUCCAAGCCGCCAAGUACCAAUCCAGAGACGUACCCUCUGCUCGCGUCGAGCCCAAUCGGAAAUGGUUUACCAAUACCCGUGUUAUCUCCCAAGAUUCCCUCAAGGCUUUCCGCGAGGCCAUGGAUGAGAAGGCUAAGGAUCCGUACCAAGUCCUCUUGAAGACGAACAAGAUACCCAUGAGCUUGAUAAGGGAUAACACGGAUACCAAGAACGGGUUGAAGCAACACAAGGCCAAGAUGACCAUCGAGAGCGCUCCGUUUGCUGAUGCGUUUGGUCCGAAGUCUCAGCGCAAGAGGGUAAAGUUGGAUGUUAGUAGUCUGACGGACCUGGCUGAGGAUACCGAGAAGAGCAUGGAUGCAUACAAGGACCGUCUCGAGCAGGCUAGGUUACUGAGUGGAAACUCUGGAGCUGCUGUCGAUCCCGAUGGACUUGGUGAGGGUCAAACUGAGGGUGAAGAUGCCCUCACUAUGGCCAUUGAACCAAUUUUCAACAAGGGUCAAAGUAAGAGAAUCUGGAAUGAGCUUUAUAAGGUUCUUGAUGCUUCGGACGUUAUUAUCCACGUUCUUGAUGCUCGCGAUCCUCUUGGUACUCGAUGCCGGAGCGUAGAGAAGUAUCUAAGAGAGGAGGCACCUCACAAGCACCUGAUAUUUGUCCUAAAUAAAACCGACCUGGUUCCCACAAGUGUAGCAGCUGCGUGGGUUCGCAAGCUUUCCGCGGAUUUCCCCACUCUCGCGUUCCACUCGAGUAUAACAAACCCAUUCGGCAAAGGUUCUCUAAUUCAACUCCUCCGUCAAUUCUCCCAACUACACUCGGAUCGCAAACAGAUCUCCGUCGGAUUGAUAGGAUAUCCUAAUGUAGGAAAAUCCUCUAUCAUAAAUACGCUACGAAAGAAAAAGGUGGCCAAAGUAGCUCCCAUCCCCGGUGAAACCAAAGUGUGGCAGUAUGUCACAUUGAUGAAGCGAAUUUAUCUUAUCGAUUGUCCUGGUGUGGUACCACCCAACCAGAAUGAUACCCCUCAAGAUAUCCUGCUUCGCGGUGUUGUUCGUGUUGAAAUGGUUGAGAACCCUGAACAAUACAUCCCAGCACUGCUAGCAAAGGUUAAGCAACAUCAUAUGGAGCGAACUUAUGAAAUAAAGGGAUGGAAUGAUCAUAUCCACUUUUUGGAGCUUCUCGCUCGAAAGGGUGGUCGCUUAUUAAAGGCCGGUGAGCCAGAUGUGGAUGGUGUCGCAAAAAUGGUCUUAAAUGACUUCAUGAGAGGCAAGAUACCUUGGUUUACACCAGCGCCUAUUGUGGAAGGGGAAGAAGGGAAGACAAUCGAGGGUCGCGAGGGCAGACUCGGAGAGAUGCCGAAGAAGCGGAAGAGGGAUGAUUUGGAAAGCGUCCCCGAUACAACCGCGGCCCCAUCAACUACAUCCCUUCCAGAAGGUGUAAGUGCGAGCGAGGACGAAGAAUUUGAGGGAUUCGGUAGCAACAACGAGGAAUCAUCGGACGAUGAGGCAGAAGUUGAUGAUGACGAUGACGAGGAUGAUAUGAUACCCCUAGAUGAGCUGAGUGAUAUCGACGAAAGUGGAGCGAGUGACGACAGUGAAGACGAAGGAUGA